AUCAUUGUUCUGGAAAUAUAACAACAGUAUCCUUUUUUGUUGACAUUAUAGCAAUUUAAUAAUCAUAAUUAUGGCACACACAUUUAAUGUUAUGAUUAUAAGUGUGGUGUUCCACUUAAAUAAGUACAGAUUUUAUUUAUGAAUUUUUUUAUACAGGUUUUUUUCAUGUACUGUAUAACAAUAUAUUUAACUUUUGUCUAUUCUUGUCUGGAUGGCAGAGAUGGAGGCAAAACUCAGAGUAAUAAUUGACGACCGAAUUGAGAAGUUGGACCUUCCAUCAGGCAUCCCGCCCACUGUGGAGGAGCUGCAUAAUAUUGUGAAGGACACCUUUGGGAUUUCUACUGAGUUCAGUCUUCAGUAUUUUGAUGUGGAAUUUGAAGAUUAUUUUACUCUUCACAACAAUGACCUUAUCAAACACAAGGGCACCAUAAAGGACACCAUUAUCCUGUCUGGGCGCAGUACCACAGAACGCUGUCAGUCAUGGCCAAAGCAGUUCCCCAUUCCACAGUUUGCAUACGAAACUGAGAUGUACCUUGAAAGAGGCAAUGAGGACUACAAGAAGAAUGGAACACUUCUCACUACCUCGAAGAUCAAGCCAGACAUACUUGAGAAACUGGCUGAAACUGUAUAUACUUAUACAGCCUAUCCAUCAGGUUCACAGAUAAGUGAUGUUGCUGAGGCACUUGUCAACAAAUAUCCUUGUCUCAAGGAACCCGGUUCCUUUGCAGGUUACUAUGGCUGGCAGCAAAGCCUUAAAUACAAGAUGUCAAAUUAUCGCACCAAACUCAGAGGCUACGGUGUUCCUGAGGUGUUAUGCAAUGCACUAAAACGCAAGACCCCUGCGGACAAGAAGUCUGCAAAGAAUGUAAAAAAGCCUCGAAAAGCAGAGGUAAACUUCCUUCCUCCUUACCCGGCUGGAGAGGAUGAAGAAAGUCAAGAACAAGAGAGGAUUCAGUUGCUUACUGAAGUAAAGAAAAAGGACAACAAUGCAUUGAUAAAAGAAAAAAUGGCCAAAACAUUUGCACACAGAAGAAACGAGAUCAUCAACCAAUCUCCCAGUAUAGAGGACAUCAAAGCCAGAUGGCCCGCUCUAUUUGAGCCGUCUCAUAUCCAGGAUGAGUUUCACAGAAUCACAAUGGUGCAUCUUGAAUCAAAGUUCAUGUCCAAACUGGAUGAAUAUACUCCUCGACUUCUGAACCUCUUCCACUCCAAGGGCGGAACCAUGGGGUUGAGGUUGCAGGCUAUCCUACUCAAGACUCCAAGCAAUCCUGACAUCAACAUGACCAGAGAUGUUAUCAUUCGAUGUUUGAUGAUGUACCUUGGGGAAUCUACAGAUCAACUCUUAAAAGAGUACGAUGAUGCUGAUGAAGACAGUGUGUCACAGGACCUUGCUGUUCAAAGCCUGAAGAUCUACAACAUCAAAGCUAAGACGUCAGAGGAUCCAGACAUCGGUAUCGUGGUGGAUGGCGUGAAAAUUCUAACUGCUCUGGGUAACUUUCCAAGGGCUUGCUCCCUGCUUGUUGGGUUGGCAUAUGCUGUGAAUCUUGCCUAUCCAAAGAAGCUCAGAUACACGUUUGAAGUGUUUCAGAAACUUCUCCUCGGACUGUAUAGUUCAAAGCUCUCCACAAAAGUGAACAGCCUCAGGAAUAAACUACUGGCUUAA